UCCACCAAAAUGCUGAAAGCUACGGUUCUAUUUACUUUCUUACUAGCAAGUGCAAAAAUAGGAUGGACCUAUGAGGAGUUUACCUAUCGAAUCGACGAAGGAAAUUUAAUUGGCGCGAAGCUUAACACGGAACCGUUUAUACCAAUUUAUAAUGGAUAUUACUACUUUGGAAGAGAGUCCCUGAACUGGUACGAAGCCUACGAGAAAUGCCGACAAUUCAACUCCGAGCUGGUUACGUUCGAAACUGACGAAGAGUUCGAUGCUGUGUCUAAUUAUCUGAUGUCAGGUGAGGGCCGCGGAAACUUCUGGACCUCGGGUAAUGACUUGGCCCAAAGAGCUAGCCACAGGUGGUUCACAAGUGGAGAGAAAAUAAACAGCCAGAGAUGGGCGCCUAAUCAGCCAGACAAUCAUAGCCAAAUAGAGAAUUGCGUCCACAUGGGUUUUAUAUCUCCUUAUUCCGAGAGAUACGAACUUAAUGAUCGUCCUUGCUCGCACGACAGUAAUAGCCUAUUCAAGUACAUUUGCGAGGCCCCCAAGAUACAGACCAUUUCAAUAGUGGUUUGGAAAUAAAUCGAUUAAUGAAACAAAUUCUUUAAUAUCUUAUAUGAGAUAUAUAAUUUUGUAAUUAAUAUUGGUAAUUUGAAUAAAAUAUUUUUGCAUCAGA